GUUCAUAAAGCCACUGCAGAGGAGGUAGGACCUGAGGAGGAAGCGCAUGCUGUCAGCUGUCUGACUGGAUGAAGUUUGCCCGUGAGGAGCUUGAAUAAACAACAGCUUCGACGAUGAGGACCGCAUCGGCGCUGAUCUCCGCGGGGGUCCUGGCGCUGCUGCUCAGCGCGCCGAGGAGCGCAGACGCGGCGACCUUUCAGAGCGCCCUGCCGCAUCCCAACAAGUACAAUCCGAACGAGUCGGAGAGAUGCCUUCAGCCCGCCAUCGGUGGACUAAUAUCCCGCGGGCCGGGGCCCGUAACGUCGACCGACGAGGUGCUGGAGUCCAGCCAGGAGGCGCUGCACGUCACGGAGCGCCGGUACCUACGGCUGGACUGGUGCAAGACGCAGCCGCUCAAGCAGACCAUCCGCGAGGACGGCUGCCUGAGCCGCACCAUCAUCAACCGCUUCUGCUACGGACAGUGCAACUCCUUCUACAUCCCGCGGCACAUUUACCAGGACGGGAACGCCUUUGAGUCCUGCUCCUCCUGCAAACCCAAAACCUUCAGCACCGUCACGUACACCCUCUUCUGCCCGGGGCAGACGCCGAGCACCAGGAAGAAACGCGUGCAGCGCGUAAAGCAGUGCCGCUGCACGACGAUAGACAAGGAUUAGGCGGAAACCUCCACACGCCGGCCGGUAGUAUUCUCUCUUUCGUGGGCGGAAAAGUGCAGCUUUGCAAAAAAUAAAAUGAAAAAAAAUU